GGAAAAAGGUACUCCACCAUGCAAAGCUGGUGGACGAGUACAUUUUCAGUCUCUUAGUCGCUCUAGUCUCCUCUGACGCUUUCUUGGUGCUCCCCUCUCCUUACUCCUCCCUCGUCUCCUUCCCCUCAAAACGUGCGCUGUCUUCGUUCGCCCGGCCUCGGACGAGUUUCAUUUUCCUCAGCACACAUACGCAUUCAAUUGCAUUUUUCCUAGGGACCGAGUGUGCGCCUUGAAACGAGCGUCCAUAUUCCGUUUCUUCCACAAGGAUUGGGUCUCGAUAACACCCCCCCUUCCCGCUAAGCCAGCGUUACAAAGCAUCGGUCGAGCUUUCCAUUGACCGGCACGACGAGUCACUCUGAAACUCUUCUUCGGAUUAUCAACCUCCCCGCUUCAAAAGAUCUCCCAUCGCGGACCCGUUGCACCCUUGUGGUAGGCGCCGAAACCGCCGAUCCCUUUAACCCGUCAGCCGCGCAUCGCGAAUCGCAGAGCACGUCUUCGUGCUCCAUAGGGACCUGCGACUUAUAACCCAAACGCAGCGAUCUCCUCUACGAGCUGUCCACCGACUCUUUCUGCCGCUAGUCGAGCAGAUCCUAUCUCCCAUCAAUCCCCCUCCUCCACGCCGGUCGUAAGCGAGGUAUUGCUUGGGGAAGUUCCCAGCCGUUCGCCCAACAUGACCACCGAGUUCCGCAUGCCCAUUCACCAGGGACCUCCAGCCCGCAAACCGAUGCCCAACCAGCAACCUGGCUACCCGUAUCAGGCCUAUGAUGCCCCACGCAACCUUGCGCCUCACUCCGCCUACCCCCAAACUACCCACAGUCGCACUCGCACCACUUCCUCGCACGUGCUCCCUGCCUACGCCUCAAAUUCCCAACCGCAAUACCAAGGUGUUCCUGGCCCCGCGGUCUCGCCGCAUACGAUGGUGUCUCCCGUCGGGUUCCCUCCGUCCCGCCGCAUGUCCAGCACAACCACCUCGACCAACUCGACUGGCCACAUGGCCCAAGGAGGACUGGAUAUCCGACGCAGCACUUCGAACCGCUCGACCGGUUCGCAACUUGGAUAUGUUGCCCUCAUGCGACGACAGAAGGCGACGGUCUGGUGUGACCGAGCACAGCCCGAGGACGCCCGCAUGCGGGAACAGGUCCUACGGGAUAAGAAGAGGGCCUAUCUCGAGGUUCAUGGCACCGGACGCUCGUCGACCAUCGCAAGUGGCAAGAUUCGACAUGGAACGAAGGCUGGAAUGGACUUUUCCCCGUCAAACCUGGUUGGUGCCAAGGUGCCGGUUCGCCUGAGUGCCAAUGAGAUCGGCGAGGAUGAUGAUGAUGCCCGCAGCAAUGAGGAACGAGGCAUGCACAGGAGGACUGGCAGUGGCCGCAGCUCUCUGGGAAGCAACCGAUAUCCGAGUGGUUAUCAGCGUCCGCAGGGCACCAUGGGCAGCAACAGCACCCCUCCGAAUGAAAAGUCUGAUCUCCCCGGUGUGUCUGAGAACACGCCCGCCGAGAAGCACGAAGAGGAGAAGAGCCGCCUGUCAUCACUCAAGGAUGAUGCCGCUACAACACACACAACGAAUAGUAGCGAGCAAGAAGACUUUGUACCAGACAUGGAAGCCCCCAGUGCAGUCAACACCGCUGCCCAGAAAGCCAAAAAGGCAGAUGACCUACGGCGACGAGGCAGUGUGGAUGAUCGCACUACAUCAAUGACCAACGUGCGAUUAUUCGUCGCAAAUCCUGACCUUAGUGAUUAAGAGUCUAUCCUUGGGGAAUCCGCCCGCUCUACCUCUCUUUCUAUUCACGCAGCGCCUGCUCUCUUACUUAUUUAUUUUUUUGCCUUUUUCUUAUGAUCUCUCUUCGUGGCUUGUUUUUCUUACGAUCGAUGACACCGCUGCACAUAAUACCUCCCCUACCGAAUCUCCGUGCUUGGUGUUGCGCUCGACAGUCUUGAUGACUGGUUUUCAGUGCCACAGUUGUUGUCAAUAUCCCCUGGUUUUUUUAUUCUUUUUUCUGAUCUGUUUCCGUUGGCUUCGUUACUUCUGUUGACCUUGUCAUUCCUGCCUGCAAGGCCGAGGAAUCGUAAGGACUGGAUUUUGGUUCCUGUGUGCACUCUUCUCACACUUGCAUCCGGGCUUGCCCCGGCCUUUUUCUGUCGUAUAGCUUUCAAUCCGAACAAACAUAUUAAUUGUAACAUUAGGCGUAUGAUCCUUCAAGUUCCUCAACGUGUUGUAAUGGAUUCAUCUUUUGAUAGUCUUUUCAACGCCUUGUCAGG